ACUCACUGGACAAGGAGGAAUCCGUGCGAACUCCUGUAGAAAAUAAGAGCAUCUACAGUACUAUUCAAUCGCAUCAAACUCUUAAAUCUCACCGUUUUGACCAUUCCGAACCCUUAUGUCUGUGCGUACCAGUAUGUACGCUGUCUCGCUGGACUUCUUUUUCUCCAGUGAAAUUAAAAAGAACAGGGCUUUGCUGAAAAGGAAAAAGAUUUCACUCCGAAGGCCAACACCACCCUUUCUUGGGCCAUUAUCAUACUACAUGUAGUGCGGACGGACGGUGCCACAAGAAGAUCUCUUCCUUCCCGUCUUUUACAUCAAAGGCAACGCAACGCACAUAACUUUCAAAUUACCAGCGAAAGAAGCAACAUAGGUACAGUAUCUCCUUUCAACGAUAGUAGUCGGUGGUACGGUAGCAAUUGAUAGCCACCAGAAGGCAAGCGUUCUUCUCGUUCCACAUUGCAUUGAAUUCGAAGGAAGACCAUGGGCAUCCCUGUCUAUGACGUGAAGAAGGGUAAGCAUGAUGGCUUGUACCUCGAAGCCAUAGAUCUCUUGUUUGAGACUUCUAAAGAUGCCUGGCAGGUAGAAAAUGAUGACCUUUGGGUUGGCUCGUUAGAGAUGGAUGAGCUAGUUGGUAAAGUCCAGGGUAUGCUUGAACCAAAAGGACGGGACCAGCAUGGAAUGGACUGUCACCCUUCAUCUCACAGCGCUACCGAGACACAAAAAUUGGACCGAUCUGCUCUCAAGAAACUGGAUGAAUGCUUCAAGGCUUGUAAAAAAAAGGUCGCCCAAGAAGUACGAAGGGAAGAGUUUCGUUGCGCUGAAGAGUUUAUCCUCAAUGAACAGGAUGCAGGUAGAGAACGCCGCUCAGUGGCCAGGACGCUCGAAGCUUCUGAAGAGAAGCGCCUUGCGGCGGAAGUGGCUCAGCUCCGUGGCGUGCGCCUCAAGACACAACGGGCAAGUCUUGACGAGAAUCUCCGCUGGAAGAUAUCCCAUGCUGAGACUUCGUAUGUCAGCCGAAAGAUGGUGUUCGCCAAGGCUUCACAAGUUGCCGGAGCGGAACUGCGUCUUCAGUUUGCCAGAGUUCGAACCUUUCUCGAAGACUUGCACAAAACGCGGCAGCAGGUGUUGCACCGAGAGCACCGGCGCUCUCUCAACUUCCAGACCCUAAUGCAUGCACUCAGGGGAACGGAUCCUCGAGUUGUAUCUUUGGAUACACAGAUCUCGGUUCGGCUCUUUCGUCAGAAGAAGGCUGACCUGAACGAAGCUCACAUGGCUCGUACUCUCGAAGAAGCUGUCUUUCUGGAGUCAAUGAUGAAUGAUCUUGACAAGAUCCAGCGGUGCAAAGAGGAUGCAGCUCUUGACAUGUUCGACCUUCAUGUGAAGAACCUCAAGAUGGAAAGAGACGACAACGCGAGACGACAGCAAGAGUUGGAGUUGUUGGCAGCCUCCGGGACGCUGGAGAUGGCAAAGCUUGUGUCUCAGGACACGGCCGAUGAUGGUCUCGACAGGGAAAACGACGCCCAAAUUGAGCAGAGGGUGGACGCUAUAGAGCGUAAGAAAGACUUUGAAUCCUCGACUGAGCAAUCGAUGCCUACAGCAAAGCUCUACGACACCAUCCUGUGGAGCGUAGCGACAGAUGAUCUUGGACUCACUACAACUGGUUCGAGCUUGUACUCGUCUGACUAUGGAAGCAAUGUCAUGGAUGAGGAUGACUGUGAGGAACAUAACAAGGAAGUCGAUGUGGUCGAGGACGAGGACGCCGAUGGAGACGAUCACAAAGGGGAACCUGGACAGCAUGAAAAGCAACUUACCCCCAUUGGAGCCAUGCACACCCGUAGGCUUGCACGAGAGCUUCGUGAGCAAGAAAAGGCGAUGGUCAAGAAACAUGAGAAAGAGAUCAGGGCGGAGAGGCGUCAGUAUCAAAAGGAAGGCCGUGCCCUGAAGGCAAAGCACCAGGCCAAACUUGAUGAAAUCAUAGAGUCAAGUACAGCUGAGAGGGAGGAACUUCGAGAGGCGUCCGAUCUUCGCAUGCAAGCGCUUUUGCAGCGCCAGGAGGAGUCUAUCGAGUUGAUGAAGAGGAAGGAUGUGGCGUUGAUGAAGGAAGCUUUGGCCGCAGAGGACCAACGUGUCGGAGCAGCUGAGGAAAGAAGUUUCCGAAAGGCUCAAGAGUUGAUUUCAGCUCAAGUGUUUCACGAAGUCAGAAAUGCUCUCUCGUCUAUCAUUGCCAUGUCAGAGAUGACCCAUUCUCUCAAGUCAGACGAGUCCAUUACGCCGAAGGAGCUAGUUGGAUCCGUCGAUGACAUGCUAGAACAGAUUGGUGAUGUGGUCAACUAUUCUCUCAAGAUGCUCAACGAAACCCUGGACAUAACCAAGCUGAACUCUGGCGCGUUUGUACCCAAGAUUCAACCAUUUGAUCUGAAGGAUGUCGUUGCUCGGGCAACAAGAAUGCAGCAACCGAAGGCAUCUCGCAUUAGCUUGUCCUUCCGGCCUUUGCCAAAGCCUUGCAUUGCAGUCAGCGAUCCGAACAUUGUGGAACGUAUCGUCGCGACCUUGCUCUCCAAUGCGGUCAAAUUUACCAACGCUGGCGGCGUGGAACCCUUCAUCAUUCCGCUGGAAAGACUCGAAAGUGAGAUGUCAGAGUCCACGUGGCCCUCGUCAGACGCAGCAGAAAACAAGUCUAUUUUCAGCACAGAGUCCACAUCAUCCAUCGAUGAGAGCGAGGAGGGCGCCGAUAGAGAAUACGAUGCUGACAGCAAGAUAAGCGCUGAAAGCAUGGAGAGUGAUGGCAGUGACGGGAGCGACGAAAGUGAUCGCGUCCAGCUUCGCCCGAGCACCACCAAGACGAAAUUCGUAGCCGUCGGGGUUGCUGACACUGGCCCCGGGCUCAGCAAGGAAACGUUGGCAGCUGCCAAGGAGGCAUUAUCCUCGUCCACGUCGAUAGCGACGAGUCAUGGUGCACAAAACACAGGGUUCGGUCUCUACCAUGCUCACCUCCAAACCAAAGCCUUGAACACUCAGCUUCACCUCACAAGUCUUGAAGACUGUCUCGAACUGAUGAAUGGACCCAUGCAGGACGCUGCUGACAACAAGAAGGCAGGCCCAGGUACUGUAAUCUACUUUAAGCUUCCGGUGUACCAAGGCUCCGAGGGAACGCCGACAACAGUGGAGUCCCUGAAGAUGAGCCAGGAAGCUACCAGAGUCGCCCUGAAAUUGCAGCACAAAUCUGAGUAUGUUUUUCGACCGCUCCCGCCUCCAAACCUGGGGCGCUUCAAAGUUCUGGUCGCCGACGACGUGAUUAUGCUCCGAAGGGGCGUGGUUCACACUAUCGGCAAGGUUUGGGGAAAUAACUUCCCCAAUUGUGAGGUGUCGGUUAAGACGGCUUGCACGGCCGAAGAUAUGAUGCGUGCUGCUCAAGCUGAGCCUUUCGACUUGAUCAUUAGCGAUCAUCGCUUCAACCAUCAUGUGGCAAAUAGUGUCAAAAGUGUGCGAGAGGGGAAGAGGCCAUGUGUUCGCUUCAACUGUGAGGAGGCGUCCCAUGAUUCCACAAUGAGUAAUGUUGAACACUUCUUUGAAAAGGAAAGAUUCACCAAGGAAGACAAAGACGGGGAUCUCCUCGGUCUAACUGCACUCACGAGGCUUGCACGGUGGUCCAUUCUGCCGUAUCCUCCACCAGUUCUCAUGCUACUGUCUGCAGACGAUAUAAAGCUUGAUCCAAGCCUUGGGAUAGUCAUUGCAAAGAAGCCGCUUCGGCACACCGAUUUCAUUUCCAGUUUGGAGCGAAGUGCGCCUGAUCUUUUGCUCGCGGGCACUUGUAAUCCUGCCGAAACACCACAAGGUGAUGCCCUCGUGAACAGUCGCGGCAGCCAACUGUUUCUCGACGCACAAGGACUCACCAGAGACUCGAGUUCGCCUCAGGCGGCAUAGACGGUCUUGUUCGGCGCGGUGUGGUCAACCCGUGCUCUCAUUUACAUAGUCUUCAUUUUCGGUAUCCGUAAAUUGCAAGCUUCUGGGAGGGCUGUAUGUGAGGUACCACUCCAUGGCCUGGACCACGUAUCCUUGUCUUGCGGGCAUUGAAUGCCCGAUCACCACCCAAACUUGCACCCAGUCGCCACCUGCGUGAAGCUUGAAUAUCCCUACUUUUGCCUAGCUAGUUAGUAUAAAACCAACUCAACAUUCGUUCAUUGAAGUCCGCCUUGUAGUGUCUUCCAUCUCCCGUUCGCGCUUUGUGUGCGCCAUAGUAGGUAGCA